GUUUAAUUCAGUCCACUGCAGUAUACGUACGGAGCGUCGUUUUACUUAUUCAGUUUUCUAAGACGUCUUUUUUUGAGCAGUCAAUACAUAUAGGAAGUGUUAGAAACCAUGCCCUCCGGAUCAGUCAACAAAGAUCUUCAGCAUGAACGCAACAAAUGUAGCUUCAACCAGGAAGAGUUCACCCUCUGGUGGGUCGGUGGAAGAGAGCAACUCGACGAUAAGCGAUCGAUAGAGAACUUCUUCAAGAGCCAGCCGGAUUUUCAUGACAAAAUACCGUUGCACUUCGCAUCACAUAAGGAAAAGUACGAGGAAAUCAUUCGCAAAGCAACGCUGAUAUACUCCAAGACUCGGCAGUUUCUUCAAAACCAAGGAAAAUAUGAUGCUAAGAACUAUCUUAAAUUCUGGGAUUUUCUACUUGGAACCGGUCUCAUCAAAGAGGGCAACCCACUGAGACUUCAGUUCGACAUGUUUAUCCCAGCCAUCGUCGGUCAUGCCAAUGCCGAGCAGCAAGCAAAGUGGCUCGACAAGGCACUGAACUGCGAGAUUCUUGGCACGUACGCACAGACCGAGCUCGGCCAUGGAACGUUUCUACGGGGAUUGGAAACUACGGCCACGUUCGAUCGUGAAACCGACGAGUUCGUGUUGAACUGUCCAUCGCUGACUGCUUACAAGUGGUGGCCGGGAGCUUUGGGUCAUACCGUAAAUUAUGCUGUUGUGAUGGCGCAGCUCUACUCCAACGGAAAGUGCCACGGUGUACAUCCGUUUAUGGUUCAGCUACGGGACGAGGACACCCACAUGCCUCUACCGGGUUUGGAGCUUGGAGAAGUCGGAGAUAAAAUAGGCUACAAAGGGGUCAACAACGGAUAUCUGGGCUUCAAUAAUUAUAGAAUUCCUCGGAAUAACAUGUUGAUGAAAAAUGCGCAACUGCUGCGUGAUGGAUCGUAUGUGAAACCGGUGUCUUCGGUGCUGACCUAUGGAACAAUGGUUUUCGUACGGGUGAUCAUCGUCAAGGGAAUGGCUUAUGAAUUAUCUAAAGUCGCAACGAUUGCCGUCAGAUAUUCCUGUGUUCGCAGACAGAGUCCCAUCAAUCCUGACCAACCAGAAGUGCAAGUAAUCGAUCAUCUGACUCAGCAAAGCAAAAUACUGCCGCAGAUUGCCAAGGCGAUUGCUCUGAAACUGGCAGCCGACAAUCUAUGGCAGAUGUAUCUGAAAACAAGUUCGGAGUUAGAUUCGGGGAACCUAAAUCGUCUACCGGAAUUGCAUGCUCUUUCCUGCUGUUUGAAGGCCGUUUCCACCUCGGAUGCUGCCAAAGGUAUGGAGGUGUGCCGUUUAGCUUGCGGCGGUCACGGAUAUUUGUCCUGUGCAAACUUUAUGACUUUUUACAGUUUGGCAACGGCCGCUUGUACGUACGAGGGAGAAAAUACGGUUGUAUUGCUGCAAACCGCUAGAUAUCUAAUCAAAUCAUGGAAUCAAGCACUCAAACGACAGAAGCUGAUGGGAACGGUUCAGUAUUUAAGCGAAUAUGUUGGUAAAUCCUUCAAACGACUUGCUUGGAGUGAUUCAAUUCCGGUCAUCAUCCUGGCUUUUCAAGCAAUCACUGCCAAUAAGCUACGGCUGGCAAGCAUUCACAUUGAAAAUCGAAAAAAGGCUGGUAAAACUCCGGAGGAAGCUACUAACAUGACCGGAUUGGAACUAGUGCAGGCAGCGGAACUGCAUGGACGCUGGUUUGUACUGCAAUCGGCAUACGAUAUGAUAGAGAAUACUUGCCAGACAGCAUCCCAGGCAUUUGCCAACGUUCUGAGACAGCUGUGCGCGUUGGUUGUAUAUGGUGAAGCCUUGCAAGUCGCAGGAGAUCUGCUGAGGUUUACCACUAUGUCGGAGAACGACCUCGUCAAGUUGCAGCAAAAAUACGAAAUCCUUCUAGCUGCUUUACGCCCGAACGCUGCCGGAAUCGUAGAUUCAUUUGAGUAUCCGGAUUAUUCUCUGGGGUCUGCUUUGGGAGCCUACGACGGCAAUGUAUACGAACGACUGUUUGAGGAAGCUAUGAAGAGCCCAUUGAAUCAGGAACCGGUUAAUAGAACCUUUGAAUUGUAUCUGAAACCUCUGAUGAGAUCAAGGCUGUGACUUAGUAAUAUUGUGGUGAAAGGUGCUAUUGGUGCAAUAAAGAUAUUCAGUUGUUGGUUAUUCAUUUGAAACAAAUUAUAAAUAAUAUUUUUAAAAUCGAAA